CGGACGAGGCGGCACUUAUAGGGAGAGCGGGGAGGCGGUGUUUGCAGAAGCGGAGCAGGGGAGGCAGGACGGGGCGGCCCUGAGAGCGAGCCGGGAGGCGGUGUUUGCGGGAGCAGGGAAGGGGAGAGGAGGCGGCUCCCAGUGCCACUCCCGGCGGGCUCGGGGUUGGCCAUGGCGUCAAUGGCGGCGGCGAUCGCCGCGUCCCGCACGGCGGUGAUGAACGGGAACCGCCCGCUGGACGAGCGUGAGCGCAAGCGGUUCAGCUACUUCUCCUCGCUGAGCCCCAUGGCCCGCAAGAUCAUGGCGGAGAAGGAGCGCAUCCGCGAGCGGUACGGCCCCGAGUGGGAGCGCCUGCCUCCCCGCCAGCAGGACGAGAUCAUCGACAAGUGCUUGGUGGAGCCGCACAUCCAGGCGCGCUACGCGGCGCACCGCGGGGCCGCCCGCCCCAACGCCGCCGCCGCCUCCUUCCCCAGCCUCCGCCUCAACACCGGGCAGAAGGUAGUACGCUUCGGCGACGAGGACUUAACUUGGCAAGAUGAACACUCUGCUCCGUUCUCCUGGGAAACAAAGAGUCAGAUGGAGUUCAGCAUUGCAUCUCUGUCCAUACAAGAACAAGGUGGUGCCCAGUUGCAAAAUGAACAGAGGCAGCCCGUUAAAGCAGCACCUGGUGUCCAAGUCCCUAAAUCUUCUCAGGCCAAUAAGACCCCUGGCUCUGAUGGGUUGAUAGCAUCCAGAAAGGAAGAGGAGUCCUCUUUCUGGAAGAUAAAUGCAGAGCGCUCAAAGUUUGAAGGAGACAAGUCUGAGUUCCUGUCCCUGACUCCCAGCCAGAUCAAGUCCAUGGAGAAAGGAGAGAAACCCCUUCCCUCUUUUUACAGACAAGAGUCUACUCCAAAGGAGAUGGCAAAAGCUGAGAAGCCCAUCAUAACUAAACCAGAGAAGUCUGUCGCCCCCAGCCUACCUUCUGUAUCUCUUGAAUGGGAGAAACCUCGACCCACUCAGCUCCCUGCUAGUUCUCUAGAUGACUUCUUUCUUCCUGACCCACCACAGGACCUGGCAUCUUCUAGGACAAACAAGGAAGAUAGUGAUGGUACUAUACUUACAGAUCCACAACUGCCUGGACAGACUAGUACAAGCAAUGUUAUCUUGAAGACUGGCUUUGAUUUUCUAGACAACUGGUAAAAGAUACUUCAAAAUAGAUCAAACCAAUUUUGGGGAAGGAAUAGAAUAUCUUUCUCCUUGUAUGUUAAUUUACUAGCAUUUGUGUCUUUUUCUAGAAGUAACUUUCAAACUCUUAAAUGUUGCCUUUGUAUAAACUUUUGUAAUAUCAUAUGCGGUUUUGUUUUUUAAACAGUGAUAGAAGUGUGGUUUCAUUUGGAUAUUUUUUUAAUAUCUGUUAAAAGUUUUUAGUAGCUACUGUAUUGAGAGGAUGGGAGAAGAUACAUACAUGUGUUACAGAAAAACAAAUGAGAGUCUGUAUCCUAGAAAUGGAACCUACAGGACCAGAUUGCUGUUUCCAGUUGAAACCUUGCUAGCAUGGCUUGUAAGAAGUAGUGUUGUACAAGAAAUGGUUCCAAAUUAGCAAAUAAUUCCAUACUUCAGAUAACUAGCAAAACCAGUAUGAAAAAUAAGCAUACAGAAGAAUUGCGUUGAUUUCUAUAUUUCAUUUAGUUUGAAAGGAACUUCUGUACUGCUUAUUCAAAAACACUAAUCUUUUGAAGAGGGCAAGGCAUUGCCAGAAUGAUGGAUCCAAUGAAGCACUGUGUGUAUACCCUGCAAACCUGAUAAAAUAACAUAGUAAGAGUGUUAGAAAAAUGACCUGGGAAAAUGACAGGUGUUUCUGGUCUUUGGAUUAAAGACUUGGGGGUGAGUGGAGGGGAAUGGGACAACACCUAAUGAAUGGGAGAAACCGUCUUCAGGGAACACAAGCCUAAUGAUUUCACUGUUUCCUUACUAGAGCAUAACUCCUGAUAAUAGUAGUGCUGGAAGGACAGCACUGGGAAUUGCUGGAGUGUAGAUUACCUUUUUGUUAGGAAACCACUGUAUUUUUGGGAGGUCAUAGUAGUAUAAGGCUUCUUUGUUUUUUAAGCAGCUUAUCGUCUCAAGGACUCAUCAACUUUGGUGCUUUUUCCUCCUUGUGGGUACAUUCUCUUCAGCAUUCAACGUCUGGGUUACGUUUGUUCCUGAGGUGCAAGAGAGGCAUCUCAUGGUGGCCCUCAGCAGACUUGCCUCAGGUUCUGCUUUCGAAUGAUGUUUGGUGUUUAAAAUGUAGAAAACAAGACUAGCUGUCGUUUGAAUCUGUUGUCUCUGAAAUGCAGCAUGAUUUACACACUGACUCUCACUGUGUUUACCUCACCUUGAAGCCUUAAUUCCCCCUACGCACAGCCACUGACUGGUCUGCUCCAAUGCCAAAGGUUUGACCUUUCCCUUUACCUCAGCAAUAGUCCCAUAGCAUUUGUUUGGGGUAGAAGGCAAAACACAGGGCUCUAAUGGGUCCAGUGAAGGCUAUAAGAAGGUCACCGUCUCCUAGACCAUAAUUGUGCUAGGCUUCUCAUGGAUUAGCACUUGAUGUUUGGUUCACUGCCAGGGGCAGUUAAAUGUGCAGAACUGGAUGCUGCAGGAUUUUUUUCUGCCUGUUCCAGGAAGAGUUUUAGAUGUCCUGGAAGAAUCCUUUCCGCUAAUUGCUGUGCUGUUUGCUCUGGACAAGCAGAGGAUGCUGAUAAAGCAUGAAAACUUACCUAUUGAUCAAGGAAAAUGCUGUAAGCUACUCCCUCCCUCACCAAAAAAAGAACCACCAAGCCCAAACUCUCCAGUUUUUCUAGUGUUUUCUUCAAAAAUUGUCACAGAGUAUAAGUCAUGGCACAGCCUUAUUUAUAGACUUCUGAAAGGUUCUUUACGUGCUUCCUGAAAUGUACAAACUUCUGUAAUUCUUGUAUAAUGUCUCCAGAUAUUCAAAAAAUACUUGUUGUUUCUACAAGCCUGGACUCUACUGCUGUUUUUUCCCUCAGUUGACCUUUUUUAGCAUUUACUACAAGCAUCCACUAUUAAUAUAGCUUAGAACAACUUUAGCACAAAUUCUUUAGGUGCAUAAUUAGCAUUGCCUUGCACCUUCUUUUCAAACCUGACAGAUGUUACCCCUGGGGUUUACAGUUACCAGUGAUUCCAAUUUUCUGUACAUUAGCUGCUGAAAAGUUAUAAAUCCAAUGAGAAGGUGUGCAUUCUAAUCUUACUUUGAUUCAGGGGGGAUCUGAAAGCAAAGUCUCCUACUGUUGAGGAGUGUUAUUUUAAACCUCUGCUAAAUACGUUAAAGCUUCUUAGGGAAGAACCUGGGCUGCCUGUCUAUUCCAUCAGCUAACUUUACCCUAAUACACAUUGGGACCAGCUGGUAGAACAUGCUGCAGAACUUUUUACUUAUCCUGGUAGGUUUUUCCUGUGCUUUGACAAGAGUUGAUGCUCCUUCUUUCUUUAAUAUGUUUUUAUUAAACAUUCUUACAAAGAAGUUGUACUUGGUCACAUUUUAUAUUAACAAUGUUUUAAUAAAGUCACUUUAA